GGCGCAGGCGGAGGGGAGAGGGAGAGAUCCUGGGGACAGAGGCCAGGCGAUAGGCAAGAGAGACAGGCGGGAUGGGGAGGCAGACACAGGGAAGACGCCUAUUUGGGGUCAAGAGACAGCGUGGAGACCGAGGCGGUCACAAGGGCAGCACGGAUGCGUGGAGAAACCAACAGGCCAAGAAGGAUGAGGGGGCUCAGCCCAGGCACCGGGCAGCCCCCGACCCGCCCUCCAGCAAAACUGAGGAGAGGGAAGAGGGAGCCUGCGUAUCAGCUCCCAGGACCAGGUGCGGAGGGAGCAGUCGGCUGUGGGCGCUUGGACCACAGGCUGCCCCCUCCCCACCUCGCGGGAUCUCAGGAUGCCAGUCGGGCUAUUGGGGGGUUCCCAGGCACCAGUGGGCCCCGGAGCGAGCCUGCUCCGCCGGGACUCCGCGUCUGUGCGUCAGCCCCGCCCGUUGUCCUGGCAACAAACCGUUGCCCGGGCAACCAGCUUUGCUCUCACCCCGCUCGAGAGGAGCCCGGCUGUUGCUCUGGGCAACGCGGUCCGCUGGUUCCCACGCCUGCCUUCGCCCGCUUCCGGUUCAGACCCUGCGGAGGGGCGAGGACGAGGCAGAAGUCAGCGGGAUGCCUGUGGGGCCGUGGAGGAAGAGGGUAUCCUUUUGGGAUGGAACUAGGUCCUGGACACCCCCUCUCAAGCGCGGGGAGGCUGAAACUACAACUCCCAGCAUGACUCGCGGUGGCUGUCCGGUUUCUGCGCGGCUGUUCGCGCAGAGGCCUCAUGGGAGUUGGAGUUCUUUGUUGUGCGUGGGGCUCAAUGGACGUCUGGGGUGGGAAUGGGGGACUAGGGUGCUUGAGUGCCUCUGCAGAAAAGACUCUAGGACCCCGCCACCAUGUUCCCGGAGCCCCCAACCCCGGGGCCUCCAUCGCCCGACACGCCUCCGGACUCCAGUCGCAUCAGCCACCGCCCAGUGCCCCCCUGGGCCCUGGCCACCAUCGUGCUGGUCUCAGGCCUCCUCGUCUUCAGCUGCUGUUUCUGUCUCUACCGGAAGCGCUGUCGGAGGCAGACAGGUGCAGCCAGAAGUGGAGGAGCUGGAGCCAGCACCAUCCGGGCCAGGGCAGCAGGUGGCAGACAAGCAUGAGCUAGGACGACUGCAGUACUCCCUGGAUUAUGACUUCCAGAGUGGCCAGCUGCUGGUGGGUAUUCUGCAAGCAAUGGGAUUGGCAGCCUUGGAUCUUGGUGGCUCCUCGGACCCCUAUGUGCGGGUCUACCUGCUGCCGGACAAACGGAGGCGGUACGAGACCAAGGUGCAUCGGCAGACGCUGAACCCUCACUUUGGGGAGACUUUCGCCUUCAAGGUCCCCUACGUGGAGCUGGGGGGCAGGGUGCUGGUCAUGGCAGUGUACGACUUCGACCGCUUCUCUCGCAAUGACGCCAUCGGGGAGGUGCGGGUCCCCAUGAGCUCCGUGGACCUGGGGCGGCCAGUGCAGGCCUGGCGGGAGCUGCAGGCAGCUCCGCGGGAGGAGCAGGAGAAGCUUGGGGACAUCUGCUUCUCCCUCCGCUAUGUCCCCACGGCCGGGAAGCUCACCGUCAUCGUCCUGGAGGCUAAAAACCUGAAGAAGAUGGACGUAGGAGGACUGUCAGAUCCAUACGUCAAGGUCCACCUGCUGCAGGGCGGCAAAAAGGUGCGGAAGAAGAAAACCACCAUCAAGAAGAACACUCUGAACCCCUAUUACAACGAAGCUUUCAGCUUCGAGGUGCCCUGUGACCAAGUCCAGAAGGUGCAGGUGGAGCUGACCGUGCUAGACUACGACAAGCUGGGCAAGAACGAGGCCAUCGGGAGGGUGGCCGUGGGGGCGGCCGCCGGCGGGGCUGGCCUGCGGCACUGGGCGGACAUGCUGGCCAACCCGCGGCGGCCCAUUGCCCAGUGGCACUCGCUGCGGCCCCCGGACCGAGUGAGGCUGCUGCCUGCGCCCUGACUCCCACCCCAAGCCCCCGGCCAAGCCUGGACUCUAGCCCCUGACCCCGGACUCCCGAGACCGGCCAAAGCCAAGCCAGCCCCACCCUUAAGCUUCCUCUGACCGUUACCCUCCCCCCACCUUCCACCCCAACCAUCUGAGCCAUUCCUGUCUUCUCAUCCCCAACGAUGCCAAUCACGACAACUUUCCAGCCCACUCCCCCGACCCCCGCGGACACACCCAGAUGCCCCAGGGACCCCUGGGAAGGGAAGGCAGCCUGGUUUCCCCUGCCCCCGGGUCCUGCCCCCUGCUUUGACAAUCAGCCAUCCUCGUCUGCUCUCCUCUCUCUUCCAACACAGGCCAUCCCUGCACUGCUCCUGGGGCCAAAUAAAUAUUCAGCAGCUCCGGUG